GCCUCGCGCACUCGCAUAACGUAAGAGCGUAAGAAGUACGUAUGUCGUGUAGAUAGCGGAAAAAAUCCCUAGUGCUCGACAGUGUUGACUGUCGAAAAUCUCGUAUCCACCAUCCGUACAUAAUCACUAAUCGGUAAAAUACAAGGCCAUAAAGGAAUUCGCGGAAGGCAUUUUGUUAGUUUGUAAAAACGAGUCAGCUGUCAAGAAACGACGUUUUUCGACCAAAUGUUUUUCAAUAAUUAUUAUUUUCAUCAUUUGUGACGGAGAUAGCGUUGCUUUAUAGCACGUCCAUUUGGAAUUUACGAUCAACUCAGGUGUUUAACACAACGAGAGAAACAUGACGUUGAUACAGGGUGUGGGAGACGAAGUCCUAGACUUCUUCAUUGUUGUGGGAGUCUUGCUAGUCGGAUGGAUUGCAUGGUGCUCAACAAACAUUGCCGAUCAACCGUUAAUUCGCACAGUACUGAUUUUGCAGCACCGUACUCGAACACGUAUCGCUGCAUUGCGUGCUAAUCAACAGGCAUUGGCUUUGGCUCAACAGCAACGCAAUAGCGACAGCGCUGAGAAUGACUCUAGGCAGUCAAAUUCGAGCAGCAGUAGCGAAAUAGAGGCUAAUUGUCCAGAGUCACCCCUGCCUGCCACCAGUCAACUUCCAAUCGAAUCUAACGAAACGCCAGCUGCGACGAACGAAGAGGCUCUCAUACAGGCCAUGGACUCGUUUAAUAACGACGAAAGAUUAUUGGAAAAGAACGAUAAAGCCGAAAAGGCUUCGUUAGAGACUGAAACGACUUCUUCGGAGCCAGAGCAAAGCGAGCCUACAUUGCCAGAAGCCAUCCAAGACAAGAUCUGCAUAAAGCUGAAAUUUAUUAACGACGACCAAAAACUUGUUACUGGAAGUCUUAAAGAAAUACUUGGAGAUUUUAAAAGGAGACAUUUUCAGUUGGAGCUCGAAUCCAGAAAAUUAGUUCGCUUAGUCUUCAAGGGCCAAAUCCUUCAACCCGAUAAUGCCACUUUAGAGCAGUGUGGAUUUUUUAACAACUGCGUAGUUCAUUGUCUAAUUCAUCAGCCACGUCCAGUUCCAGUCGCUUCAAACUCCUUAGAUAGUUCCUCGCGUUUAUACAUUAAUCCCCUGCCUUUUCAAAAUCUACCGGUUGGUGCGGGUCUUGGCACUGUACAAACCGAAUGGGACCUCAGUAGACUUCUGGUCAGUGUCGUAACCCUUAUUUUAGGUCUUGCCUGGUACUUCAGAUACUAUUAUGCCCAACUAUUCACUGUCACUACGACGGUUGGAUUGUUCGGCCUCACGGCGAUAUUUACAGUUUCAUUGUUUGGCCAUCUGUUCCCCGAUCAAGAGACCAUUAGAAAUACCAUUGAAUAAACGGAGAAUUCAAUAUUCAAUCAUUAAAUGCAAAGAUUUUAUUUCACACCAGCAUACAUGAGGAAUUGAUAAUUCGUUGUGAAAGUAAUGCAAAUAGGUGUGCAGUUGCCAUGCGUAUACGUUGGUGUUGAAAUCUAUCGCAAGUUGAAUUAUAUCAAUAGUUUAAUUUUGAAAUGUCAAGUCUCACUUGAAUUUAUACUGACUGAUGUGUAAGAGAUAUUCAAUUAUUAAAAUCAAUAAUUCAAUUACAAAGUUGAUUACGAAAAAAGGUGAAGCAUCUUAGAAAAAUUUUUUAAAAACAAUACUGAGAACGAUGAAGAGGGAAGAGAGCUGGAAGUUGUACAUUUUUAUGUUUGAAAGAAAGCAUUUAUUAAACAAAUUUUCAAUUUA